AUGUGUCCUUUACAACUACAUCUACUUUAUCAUCGACGUAUAGUAAUUCCAUUGUCAAUAAAAACAAAACAAUAUUUGCAUGAUCAAUUAAUUCACUUGACCGAACAAUUUUCUUCGUUAACAUUACCUAGUACAGAUCGAAUUAUGCGUGAAAUUUAUAUGCAAUCACUAAAUACAUUUAUUAUUGAAAAACGUAAUUUAACUGAACUUGUUCAUGAAAUGGCAAAUUAUACAAAUCGUGCUAUUAUGAAAAAAUUAGAAGCUAUUAGAAAUUUAGUUAAUAUAAGUGAACAAUCGUAUAGAAGAUUUGCUGAAACCGAUGAAACAAUUCGAAAUGCUACUGCUAAAUUUAUGGCUAAAUAUGGAUAUUUCAGUUCCAAACAUGUGAUUAAUGUUACAAUAAAUAGUACAAAUGAAAAUUCAUCAUCAAUCACAACAACAACAACAUCAACAACAACAACAUCAUCUACAACAUUAGAAAGUAGUUCAUUACCAAUGAUAACAUUAGAUGAACUAUCAACAGGAGCUUCAUAUUCAACAAGUACGAAUAUGAAUGAAGACAUAUCUAAUGAUUUGAUUCAACCAACAAGUGAUUUGGAAAGUGAAUACAAAGCAUUAGAAAAAGAAUUAUUUAUUCAACAAAAGAAACAUUUCGGCGGCGCUUUUGUCAAUAUAACACAUAGUACAGUACAUGUUCCAACAAUUAUUUAUUCUUUGAAUCGAGAAAUUCUAUUAACAGCAAAUUGGUCUUAUAAUCUCAAUCAAGCAUUCAUUGAUAAUUAUAAUCAUGAUCCGGAAUUAACAUGGCAAUAUUUCUGUAGUCAAACAGGUCUUUAUCGAGUAUGGCCAGGGCAUAUAUGGGAAUACCCUGAAGACGAUACAGAUAGAUUAGAUUUAUUUGAUUGUCGAGUACAAAAUUGGUAUAUUCGAGCAACAUCAUCACCACGUGAUGUAAUUAUUUUAAUUGAUGCAAGUGGUUCAAUGACUGGACUAAAAAAAUCAAUUGCUAUACAAACAGUUGAAACAAUACUUGAUACUCUAUCCGAUGAUGAUUUUGUGCAAAUAAUUAAAUUUCAAGAAGAUGCAGAAUUUAUUGAUGAUUGUUUUCAAGGCGGACUUGUUCAAGCAACAUUUGAGAAUCGUCAUAAAUUUCGUGCAUCACUUAAUAAUCCUAUUGUCACAAAAGAUAUAGCAAAUUUUUCUAAAGCACUUAUCAUGGCAUUUGAUAUAUUAGAUAGUGCACGCAGAAAUAUAUCUCGAACAGAAAAUGCUAGAUUAUUAUGUCAAUGUCAUUAUUUAUCAACAGACAAUCAAACUGAAGCACAACGUGAAGCUUUUUGUCCAUCAGAUUUUAAUGCCAAUAUUUAUGAUGGAGAUGAACAACCAUUUUUGGAUAGUACAGGAUGCAAUAAAAUGAUAAUGAUUGUUACUGAUGGUGCUACAGAAACAGCUUUAAAUGUUUUUCAAAGUCGAAAUUGGUAUCCAAAUAACAUUUCCACAUGUCAUCCAAUUGAAACACGAGUAUUUACAUAUAUGAUUGGAAGAGAAUUAGGAGAUCCGAAACAUAUUCGAUGGAUGUCUUGUGCUAAUAAAGGUUAUUUUGCUCAUGUAUCAACUUUAGAAGAUAUUCAAGAAAAUGUUGAAGAUUAUAUUCCAGUAACAGCACGUCCAAUAGCUAUGUAUAAUGAUCAUGUAACUGUAUGGAGUAGUGUUUUUCUUGAUGUUGAAAGAACAUUACCAAUAAAAACAUAUAAAUGGUUUCCAUUUAAAUUUACCGAUUUAUCAAUAUCAAUGGAUGAAUUUAAAAAUAAAUCUAAACCUGUUAAUUUGAUGAUUUCCAUUGCACAACCUGUUCUUAAUCCACCGUAUCAUGCACGUGAUGAGACAAUUCUAUUAGGAGCUGUUGGUGUUGAUAUUCCAGUUAAACUUUUACAAGAAUUUUCACCUAAAUAUCGACUUGGUGUUCAUGCUUAUGCAUUUAUGAUUAAUCAUAAUGGUUAUCUCAUGUUUCAUCCUGAUUUACGACCUGUGUUGGGUCCAUAUCGUAAACAAAAUUAUCAUUCAAUUGAUUUAGAUAUGGUAGAAAUUCCAGAUACUCUUAUGAAAUUUGUACAUCCUUUACCAGCAAGUAAAAUUCAAAAAAUACGAAAAGAUAUGGUUUUAUCAAUUGCAAAUAAACGUUCAGCAAGAGUUAAAAAACAUUUAGAUGAUAUGAGACGAAUAGAAGAAGUUGAACAAAAAUAUUACUAUGCAACAUUAGGAGAUAAAGAAUCAAAUCCAUUUAGUUUGGGUAUUGCUGUACGUUUUCCUUAUGGUGAAUUUCAUGUUCGAACAAUUGAACCUGAUACAGAAAAAGUUAAAACAGCUCUUCGUUUUAUUCUUCAACGAAAUGUUCGUAUUGCUGAUUGGAUUUAUUGUAAUUCAACAGCUGAGGAUGAUAUUGGCGAUACAGAAGAAUCAUUUCGUGGUUAUUUAAAAGAAAAAAUUGAAACUAAACAUAUUGGUUCAUGUCCCUAUAAAGCUAGUCGACAAUUAAUAUAUAUGAUGAUUGAAGAAUUAUAUAUAAUGAGUAAAUUUGAAAAUUGGACAAAAACUGGUAUAGCGGAUCAUGAACAUCAAAGACCAUUAGAUCAAUCAGCUUAUUUUGAUUUUAAAGAAUAUCAACGUGAAAAUCAUUUACAUUGGAUAUUUUUAGGAACACGUUCAGGUAUAACAGCUUAUUGGAGAUUAUAUGAUUUAGCUAAUGAAGAACAUAUACGACAAUUUGCGGAUACAAAUCCAAAUUCAAUUGAAUCAAGUUAUUAUGAACGAACAAUAAAUGCCACUUAUACUUAUGGUGCUGAUCAUAUACAUGGUAAUUAUCAUGUUUAUUCACUUUUUUAUGGAAUAUCAAAUAUACUAGCAACAAAUUCACAAAUGAUUUUUGAAAAUCAUACAAAUACAACAGAAAGUUAUAUGGAAUCAUCAACACCAACGACAUCAUCACAUAGAUAUUUAGUUAUAACAACAGCUAUAUGGAUGAAUAAAACAUCAAAUCGAUCGAAAGUUGCACAAAAUGUUCCAUUUGGAGUUUUUGGAAUUAUGUUACCAUAUAAAACAGUUCGUUCAAAACAAUUUUCAAAUCUUUGUGCUCAACUGGAGACGGGUAUAUGUUAUAUUAUUGAUGAAAAUGGAUAUAUUAUGUUUAUAAAUCAACAAGAAGGAAACGAUCGAGCAGAUGAUAUUGGUAAAUUUUUAGGUGAAUUUGAAGGAGCAAUUAUGCAAGAUCUUAUAGCGAAAAAAAUUUUUUCAGAAGUAAAAAUGGUCGAUUUUCAAGGUGUUUGCUUACAACGUCAAAUGCGAUCAGAAAAAAGUUCUGGUCAUCAUUUUCGUGGUAUUCUUCAAACAAUUUCAAUUAUGUUUUGGAAUAUUAUCAAUCAUUUAGCAAUGAUACUUAUUCGUGACAUAAUAUUUUUUCCUCAAUGGUCUUAUGCAACAAAAAAACCUAAUACCAUCAAUCAAACUUUAAUUAACGAUAAACCUAUACAAAAAACUCAUAUACGAGAAAGUCUUAGUAAUAUUCUCUUAACACAUAUUGAUUUUCGUCAUCCAAUAUUACAUCAUAAAAUAUUGAAUUCAACAAAAGAUGAAGAAACUAUUGAAAAAGUUCCUGAACCAUGUAUUGAAGAAUUUAAUUUAUAUGUAUCAACAUGGCAAGGAUGGCGAGGACCAUUACCAUCAAAAGAUAAUAAAAUAACAUGGGAACAAGUCGAACGUGAAAAUACAAUAUAUGGUACAGUUACUUGUACUCCUUCGAUUAAAGAAUAUACAAAAAAUUUUGAAGACUUAUAUGAAAAUGAAACUAAUGGUACGAAUAGUUCAACAAUAGUACCACCCGUAUAUGUUCCUGAAUCAUACAGUUAUUCGAUAUCAAAAAUUCCAAAGAGCAAUUUAAUGUUGCUAUAUGCAAAUCAUUCCAAAGAAGCAUCUUUAAUAUGUGAACCAUUAAUAAUAAAACGUAAACCAGUUGAAUUUACGACUGAUGAAUGGUGUACACGUUUAAAAACUACACCAUAUCGUGAACGACCACAUAAAUGUUUUUUUGUCCAUGAAGGAGAAAAAAAACCAUUAUUUUCAAAAUGUUCUAAUGCUAAUCAAUUAACUCAACGAUAUUCAUUUGUUAUGUUAACUGUAAUUAUUACUGAACUAUAUUUUUUUUUUACUACAUAA